CAGGGGAGAACUGACAACUCAUGGGGCCCCCAGGCAUUAGGGAUCAUGGGACCCCUAUGUCCUCACCCACACUCAAACCACACCCAAAAAAGCCUCUGAAAGGUACCAGGGGCAUCUCAUGGGGCCCCCUACUGACCCCGGGGCCCCUCGGGCAGUGCCCGAGUUUCCAAAUGGUCAGUCCGCCCCUGGUUACCAUGAAAACCAGGCUAUCAGCAUCUUACAUAUGCUUUUUCAAGCUCUUAAGUUUAAUAAAAAAAAACUAAUAGUUGAUCACAUGAUCACCAGCACCAUGCCAUAGUAUAGGUAAUGUUUACUGGGUGUUAUACAGUAUAUAGUAUAUAUACACAAACACA